GCAACCAUCUGUGGUAGACGUCCAUGAGGUCCGAUUCUCAGUGCCUUGUUCCAGCGACACAACCGAUCCGCUUCCAGUGGCUACAAUGUGAAGCCCCUUCAGACGCAGAUUAUGGAGUCUGCAGCGUGGGAUGUACUUGUAAAAAGUGUUCCGUUUCUAGCCGGCGGUGCGCAACUGUAAACAAGAGUAAAUACUUCCAGCAUCGCAGCAUCACGGCAUCAGAGCAUCGUACUGUGGCGUAUCAUCCAUGUACCCCAGACCUUGGGGCCAUAUUGGGGUCUGCCACGAACAGGGCAUUGUACAGCAAAGGACAUUGCAAAGGAAGGAAGGAGUAUUCGCAGGACGAAGAGAGGGAUGCGUCAUAGAUAUACAGCAACCUAGCACGUUCCCCAGCUUUCUCAUCUAUAAAUCUUCACGUAUCAAAAUUGAUCUGAGUAAAUAUGUUUUCAUUGAAAGCUGUAGAGAAAGGGAACCAAAUGAACUACGAAUUGAUGGUCUAUAUGGAAAAGGAUAUAGAGGAAUGGGAUAAGGGUAUUGUUGCAGCCGUCAAAAGGGGCAAUUUCUGGAUGAAACUGUCCAUUGAGCGCUAUAAUGUCGUAAAGACUUAUUUUCAUUCGGAGUUCGUUGACGUGCCCGGGUCUGGGUCUGUCUCUGUCUCUGCAGACGACUUGGAGGAGUACGAGGACUUCAGCGACGAGCUGAAGCGCCUGUUCCUGCCGGACGGCGAACCAAAGCUAAUGGAAUAUAAGAUCCAAUACGAUAUCAUCAAGUCGCCGAAAAAGUGUCAGUACAAGGCGUCAACGAAGCGUCGUUUCCGCAAGAAAACCAACAAAACAGUGAUCGAUGAGUUGUUGGAAAUCAGAAAUGCGCUCUGUUCCCCUCAGCUUGCUUUAGUUAGCAAGGAAUUCAAGGUCUCCUAUCCAACAGAAGAGAAGGAUCCACUGGAAUUGGUACCAGAAGAAGUCAUAAAGGAAUCAAUCUUUUUCUAUGAAGCUCCUUUAAACAGAUCCCGCAGGCGUAGUUGUAAAGUGAAGUACUACUGAAGACAGCUCUGAUAUUCUGAAAAAUUGUAUCCAAAUUCUGGCUGUGGGUUUUGUACUGGACUGCGCCCUGAAUGCAAAUAAAAAUAGUGUACCUUCACCCCCUUCGGUUGGUCAUUGAACUGAUUGCCAAA